UUCAAUAAGGCAAGCGAAUCCUCUCUCUCCUUUUUUCUUUUUCCCCUUGCCUCCCUCUCUCGCUCGCGUGGGGGGAAGGAUUCGGAGGAGGUAGUGAAGGAGCAGCCAUGGCGGCCGAGGCGGGCAGCGCGGCCUCCGGCGCCGCCUACGAGGAGGAGCGCCGGAAGCGGGUCCUCGAGAACCUCAAGCAACUCGAGGAUCUGGGUAUAACGAAGAUGUCCAAGAGCUUGCUCCAGGCGGCGAGGUUGCAGAAGAGCACUCGUGCGAGCCCGAAGCAGCGGAGGAAGUUUGAGGCCACCGAAGUGAGGCGUUCAUCGAGGGCGCGCAACUCGGUUUCGUACAAGGAUGAUGAUUUUGGUGAACUUGACAGUUUUCUACGCCGUAGGAGGGGCAGUAGGAACACAGAGCAGGGAAGAGAUUACACUGGAAGGAUUGCCUCUUAUGAACAACAACAAAGUGCUUUCAAAAGAGCUGAGAGACUUCAAAAUCGUUUAGACCCUGAGAACCCAUCGUUUGUUAAGACCAUGGUUCGAUCGCAUGUGUCUAGUUGCUUUUGGCUUGGUCUUCCAAGUCGCUUCUGUAAGUUGCAUUUGCCUCCUAGAGAGUUUAAGAUGGUAUUGGAGGAUGAAGAGGGUGGCGAGUUUGAUUCUGUCUACAUUGGGAACCGCACAGGCCUAAGUGGUGGAUGGAGAGGAUUUGCAAUGCACCACAACUUGGAAGAUUGUGAUUCAUUGGUCUUUGAAUUGGUUGAGCCUGACAGAUUUAAGAUCUACAUUAGAAAGGCUUAUGAUGAGGAUGCAGACGAGUCUGAAUCUGUUGACUUGGAAGCCGAUGGGGACAAAAAGGACGCCAGUGCAAAGGAUGCAACUGAGCAGAAUGACUCACCUAAUGCUGAAUCUUUAAAAGGUGCUAAGAGGAGAAAACUCCGUGCACGACGGUAGAUAUUAGUUAUACAUGGUGACUUGAAAUGGGUGCUCUCUCUGUACAAGAAUGCUGCAUGUUACCAAUGUGCUCUCCUGUCAGGCCAUCCUUAUUAAUCUUUUUUGUUGGCCUGUCUAUUUCCUAAGUUAUGGCCUUAUGGGUGUUCCAAUUACCACCCCUUUUGUUGCGGCAACGGACAGAGUAUUCAUCAUCGUAGGUAGGUAGGCAGGCUUAGGUAACAUGUAAAGAAAUGUUAUGACCAUUUCCUAAGUUAUGACCUUACGGGUGUUCCAAUUACCACUUGUGUCCUGGAAUCCAUCUGUGUUUUGCUGAUUCACUGUGUUCAAUCUACAUAAUGGAUGAGAACCUUAUUGCUUAUGUGGCAAAAACUGAUCUAGAAUGGAGGAAAAAAAAUGGAUAAG